AUGGCUCGGCAAAUGCUGACAACCGCCACCCUGCUGGCAAUAUUUCUGCCUGGAUACCUUGCCGCCCCAGCCGAGCAAUCCCCUAUCCGCGAAUGCUCUUUUAAAAAGCCCAUUGCAGAAAUCCCACCCGUCGGACUAGGCCUGUGGAACUCCAAGGACAAAGACGCCAGCAACGCCGUGCAAGACGCCUUCAAGGCCGGCUACGCCCACUUCGACUCGGCAGCCGCCUACAGCAAUGAAGCAUACGUCGGCAGGGCGCUCAACUCCAGCACCUCCCCGCCUCGACAUAAGUACUGGGUCACCAGCAAACUAUGGAAUGACCAUCACCAACCGAAGCUCGUGCGGCCGGCGCUCGAAAAGACACUCAAGGAUCUACAGAUCCCGUAUCUCGACUUGUACCUGAUGCACUGGCCCGUGGCCUUCCUCCCAGACCAAGAGGACGGACGCACGGUGAUUGACCAAGACACUUCUAUCCACGACACAUGGUCCGCCAUGGAGGACCUCGUGCGAGCCAAUCUCACGCGCUACAUCGGCGUCAGCAAUUUCUCGCCGCGCCAACUUGAUAAUCUGCUGGCCAAGGCUGAUAUCAGACCGUUUGCGCACGAGUUCGAGACACAUCCGUAUCUCCAACAGCUGGAGUUUGUCGACUGGCAUUUGCGAAACAAUAUCACGGUCAUCGCAUAUUCCCCGCUUGCGAAUAUGAACCCCACGUACGACAACAAAUACCCCGACCUGCCACCCAUCCUGAAGGACUCAUUCUGGACAGACCUCGCCAGCAAGAAGAAUGUGACGCCCGCGCAGGCAAUCCUGGCGUGGGGACGGCAAAGGGGCACAAUCGUCAUCCCCAAAAGCGUCCAUGAAGGCAGGAUCAUAGAGAAUCUGGGUAGUCUGAACGUGAGUUUUACCGAGGAGGAAAUGAGACUGGUCAUGGAGCAAGACAAGAGGACCAGAUUCAAUAAUCCGAGUAAGGGAUGGGGAGUCGAGUUGUUUGAGGGUCUGGAUGAUGGGACGAAUCGGUUUGUGGUGCAGCAAGAGCUGUAG